AUGGCAAAGAGUCCAAGUAAUGAGAAGUCCCGCAAUCAAUCCAGCACAGGAGAAACAGGAAACUCAAAUAACUCUACAAAGAAGCAAAGCCCGCAAGAAGAUAAUAUGGAUUUAGAGGAGGAAACCAUAUUUCCGCUCACAGAUGAAUGCCAUCAUUACCAACAACGGAAAGAGGUCCCGUGGGAUAUUCAAAAAUACUGGGACCAAAGAUACAGCAUUUGGACUGCAUAUGAUGAUGGGAUCCACAUGACCGACGAUGCCUGGUUUGGGGUCACUCCCGAGCCUGUUGCGAAUAAAGUAGCCUCUGAUCUCACAACUCGCACCCCGCCAUCGAAAACAACAAUAAUAGACAUAUUUGCCGGUGCCGGCGGAAAUGCCAUCGCCUUCGCUCUCUCUGGCCGCUGGACAACUGUCAUCGCGAUCGAAAAGAACCCCUCAGUCAUCGCCUGCGCUCAACAUAACGCAUACAUCUACGGGGUAUCCUCCCAGAUAACAUGGAUCAACGCCGAUUGUUUCGACUACCUCUCAUCUCAAGAUUCAUCUAUCGACCUGUCUAAAACUGUCAUCUUUGCCUCCCCACCGUGGGGCGGCCCAGGAUACCGCAGCGAUAAAGUUUUCAACCUCAAAACCAUGCUCCCCUAUUCCGUGCAAGCCAUCCACGACGCUUGCAAAAUGAUGGACUCGGCGCUCUAUCUCCCCCGAACCAGCGAUCUAAGGCAAAUCGCCAAAUUAGCGCCACCGGGUGAGAAAGUAGAGGUUGUACAGUAUUGCAUGGAGGGUGCUAGUAAGGCGCUUGUAGCUUAUAUCCCCGCUGCGUCUUCGCAAGAAAUUGAUAAGUGA